CUUGUGUCUUGAAAAAAAGAGCGAAAAUUGGAAUUGUUUGCGCUGCGAAAUUACACAUUUGCAAUAAGUAAAUUUAAUUAAUUUGCUAGUAAUUAUUUACAAAAUUGAAUUGCUUGGGUGGUAGGUACAUAAAUGUCAUGUCAUGAUAUAUAAAUGCAAUCGAGGAGGAUUAUACCAAAAAUUGCAAGGAAACCAGACGCAUGAACCUGCGAUUGUCAAAAUUUCACAUUCAUAAAUUUUUCCUCGGUUAUACAAAUGUGAAGGACUGUGCAGAAAAGAUAGACCAUGAAGUGAUAAAAUAAGUAUUCCAUUAUUCAGAUAAAAUACAUAAAAAAAAGUGCAAAAAUUACAGAAUUCAAGGACCAUAUAAUUAUGAAGUGAAGUUAAUCUAAUUCUCAAAAUAUUUAAAUGUACAUAUCUUUCUAUCCACGUCGUGCAAAGGAGCUACUAAAGUGAAAAUAAUAAAUUGUAAUCAUUAUUGCAUCAUGAUUGUAAUCAUAAAUUGUCUAGAAUGUAAAUAUAAAGCGAUUGAAUGUUCAAACGAAAUUUAAUUCCACCAAUAGUUUAGCAAAUUUUAUUGUAAAGUGUGCACGAAGUACUCAUUCAGCGUGCUGUGGUAGUAGGGAGACGUGCGUUUUCAUGAUUGUUGCAAUUUCGGCAUUUUAAGGUUGCUUUACGCAAAGUAGCAGCCAAUUCAUCGCAUCAACACCUCGCUGCAUAGGCGAUCAUCGAGAAGAGCCGUGGGAAUAGUCGUGGUCAUCAACGCGCACCAUCAUCGUUUUCAAUUAUCCCUGCAUUUUUUGUCUUAUUCAAAUUGCUGGUUUUGUUUUGGCACGGUGCACAGCGCACAGUGGUGCGAAGUGACUGCGUGAAACGGAGUAUUCCUUUGCUGAAGUCCAAAUUUGUAUGACUGGCGCUGUCAAAGGUAUCAUCUCAAUCGCUACGGAGAUUCUAUGGGUUCACUAGCACAUCGAGCGCUCCUACAAUAUGUGGAUACUAAUGACCUAUCUGGUUUGCGCGCUAUCUUAGAUAGUCGGCAUUUAUCCGUCGAUGAUCGUGAUGAGAAUGGCACCACUGGACUUAUGGUUGUUGCUGGACGUGGCUUAACUGUUUUUGUGCGCGAAUUCUUGGCUCGCGGCGCAGAUGUCCAAGCUGAGGACAAUGACAACUGGACCGCACUGCUGUGCGCGGCCAAGAAUGGCCACUUCGAUAUCGUACAGCUGCUUAUCGAUCAUGGUGCUGACAUUGAGCAUCGUGAUAUGGGCGGUUGGACGGCACUAAUGUGGGCUGCAUAUCGUGGUCACACCGAUCUGGUGCGCUUUCUGCUAGAGAAAGGCGCAGAUGUGAAUGUACAUGGCAAUUACCAUCUGGGUCCCCUUCUGUGGGCAGCUGGUCGUGGGUUUAAGGAGAUCGUUGAGCUCUUGGUGCAGCGCGGUGCUAAAGUGAAUGUGGGCGACAAGUAUGGCACGACUGCGCUUGUGUGGGCGUGCCGCAAAGGUAAUGCUGAGAUUGUCGAUACGCUGCUGAAAGCCGGGGCUAAUGUCGACACGGCGGGCAUGUAUUCGUGGACGCCGCUGCUGGUGGCCACUUCAGGCGGACAUACUGACUGCGUGACGUCGCUGCUGGAGAAGCGACCAAAUGUGAAUGCAUUGGACAAAGAUGGCAUGACGGCGUUGGCAAUUGCGAGUCGCGAGGGCUUCCAGGAAAUAUGCGCUUCUCUAAUCGCUGCUGGCGCCUAUAUCAACAUUCAAGAUCGCGCUGGCGACACGCCCCUCAUACACGCCGUGAAGGGUGGCCAUCGAGGUGUUGUUGAGGCAUUACUAAAAAAGCACGCUGACGUCGAUAUUCAAGGCAAAGACCGCAAAACGGCUAUCUACACGGCGGUGGAGAAGGGCCAUGUGCACAUCGUCAAAAUACUCCUCUCCACCAAUCCCGAUCUCGAGGCGGCGACCAAAGACGGCGACACUGCUUUGCUGCGCGCUGUACGCAACCGCAAUUUGGAAAUCGUACAAAUGCUGCUCGAUCGCAAAGCGAAGGUGACGGCGAGCGACAAACGCGGCGACACCUGCCUACACAUUGCCAUGCGCGCUCGGUCCAAGGCGAUCGUUGAGGCAUUGCUGCGCAACCCGAAGAACAGUCAGCUGUUGUAUAGAGCAAAUAAGGCCGGCGAGACACCAUACAACAUCGAUACCAUACACCAGAAGACCAUACUCGGACAGGUGUUUGGGGCGCGGCGCUUGAACACAAAUGAAGACUCUGAAGGCAUGCUCGGCUACGAGCUGUACUCAUCUGCUUUGGCCGAUGUACUGAGCGAACCAACACUGACCACGCCCAUCACAGUGGGUCUGUACGCCAAGUGGGGCAGCGGUAAGAGUUUCCUGCUAAACAAGCUGCGCGAUGAGAUGAACAACUUCGCACGCCAGUGGGCGGAGCCGCCCUUCAAGACUAGCGGUCUAAUGUUUCUUGUAAACCUGCACAUAGCUCUGGUGCUUGCCACCAUUGUCGGCUUGUCGUCCUGGUCUGCCAUGUGGGGCGCAAUAGCAGCGGUGCUAUACCUAGUUUUAACCUACCUCCUGCUAGCCAGUAUUAAGUACGCUAACAACCACAUGGACGUCUAUUGGGCCUAUUCGGUGCAACAUGGUAUUAAGAAGCGCAUAGGACGCCUACGUCUCAUCCUACAGGUGGCGUUUUGUCACCCACCAGGUGCGCAAGCAGACGCCCAAGCGAAGCCGGUACGUUUUCACUUUGCGGAGGCGAGCAGCGCAUCGCCGACAGGAGAGGGCGCCGUUACGCAUAUGUUGGCCGCACUUUUCGAGGCCAUCGAGUCGCACUAUGGCUGGCUAUCGACACGCUUGUAUCGGGCCUUUCGGCCCAAAGCGGUGAAGGCGACAUCUGGUUGGCGGUGGCGGCGCAUGUGCUGUAUGCCAAUUGUGAUUAUCUUCGAACUGGGUUUGUUAACGCUUAUAACGGGCAUAUCGCUGGUAGUGGCAUACUUUACGUACGCCUCAGAUAAGGAACAAGAACGGAUGCUCGUCUCGAUUUACGUCAUUUGCGCGGUGUUGGUGUCUAUUGUCUGCACGAACUUGCACAUACUGGCCAAGGCGUUUGGAUCACUGUUCAUUUCGCAGGGUCGGCAUUUGAGGAAGUCGGUGCGGCAUAAUGAGGGUGCGCCACUGACAGCACUGGGAACGGAAGUGGCUCUGAUGACCGACAUGGUUAAGUGCCUCGACGCGUUCACGAACCAACAAAGCCGGCUUGUAGGCGUGGUGGACGCCUUGGACUCCUGCGAUACAGAGCGCAUUCUCUCGGUGCUUAAUGCCAUUCAAACUCUGCUCUCCUCCCCAAAUCGCCCCUUUGUUGUACUCAUCGCCGUCGACCCGCAUGUGAUCGCUAAAGCAGCCGAGGCUAACAGUAGACGUCUCUUCACCGAAGGCGGCAUCGGCGGACACGAUUUUCUGCGUAACCUCAUUCACUUGCCAGUGUAUUUGCAAAACUCGGGCUUAAGGAAAGUGCAACGCGCCCAAAUGACCGCAAUGCUCUUCAAGCGUAAUUACAGCGAAUUUCCCAACGAAGAUGGCCCGACACUGGGACAUUCAGUGUCGGCUCGUCGCUUAUCGAACGCAUCAGAAAUUAUGUCUAGCCAAGAAAAAUUACGUACGUCCCAUAAUCCGGGGCGCAGUGGUGGAAAGAAAUUACGUUUGUCCGAAUCGGUGGCCAGCUCGAUCGGCUCGAACCUGCAUCGGCUGGGACAGAACCCGCAGGGGGUGCUUGAUCUGUCGCGCAUGAUGCUAACCGACGACUACUUCAGUGACGUGAACCCACGCAGCAUGCGGCGACUCAUGAAUGUCAUUUACAUAACAGUGCGCCUGCUGAAAGCAUUCCAGAUAGACUUUAGUUGGUAUCGCUUAAGUUCGUGGAUAAACUUGACCGAACAGUGGCCGCUGCGUGCCAGCAUGAUUGUGUUGCAGCACGACAACUUCAUGGACUCAUAUGACGACAAUUUGCCACUACAAGCUGUCUAUGAAAAAGUGCGCCCAAAGAUUGCUUGUCUACGCGAAGCUGCACCGCUGCUCGAACUCGAUCGGGACGAGCGCAAGCUGGACGCCUUUUUGCAGUUGCAUAAAUCGGAUUUGCUCGUGGCGGAUUUGAGAAUAUUCCUGCCAUUUACAAUUAAUCUAGACCCAUACUUGAGAAAAGUAUUAAAAGAGGAUCAGCAAUCGAUCGAGGACGAAGGCACACUUAUGCUACAAAACAAGCCGAGCGUUAACCCAGCCGUACGCAUACCUCCACCAACGCCUACGUAUGUGCCUUCACCAGCUGCUUAUCCACCGUAUCAGUUGUUCCACAACGAUUACGAGUUGAGACAGCGAAACGCCAGCACGAUCUCCGAAGCGGCUUUGACACCGUUGAUCGGUUCGCCGAGUGAAUCUUUUGCAGAUGACGUUCUACAAACAAAACUUUCCGACCUAACUGUCGAAGGCGUCAUAAGUUUAAUAGAACGAGUCGACGAUCUGCGUCCCGCUUUACCCAAAUUAUCGCCGAUCCUCAAAGAGAACGCAAUCAGUGGGCGAGUACUGAAAUACUGCGAUAUAAGCGACCUAAAAGCAGUUUUAGGACUCAAUUUCGGUCACUGGGAAUUGUUCCGACUGCUUAUAAAUACGCUGCGCGACUGUGAGAAAAUGCAACGCAAAUUCAAGCCAACACCUGCGAUAGCCGAUGUGCCAGCUACUAGCACGGCGGCGCCUAAAGACAACACAGAUUCACAUACGUUGGCACCUAAUCAACCGCAUUCGCGUAAAAAUUCCACCACCAGCCAUAUGGAAAAGCAGGUCACGCUCGAAGAACAAAUGAUUUGUGGCGCACUGCAAACCCUUAACGAGGAGGCUUUCGAGGACGUAGCUAGUAGUGAGCGACCCAGUCCUUCGGGUUUACCUACAGGUGAGAUGUUAGCUGCAGCUGCACAACUGCAAUUAGCGCCCAUACGUGAGUCAUCGGAAUUCGGUUCCCCAUCCGAUGAUCUCAAAUAUAAUCACUUGCUAAAUUAUGCCAACAAUAACAACUGCGGCAAUUUUUCCACACAACACCACAAUCACGGUGGCAGCACGCAUUCGCUGCAAAGUAUUGGUAUUGGUGGUGGUGGUGGUGGUGGAGGUAUACAUAUGGGCAAUGGAGGCAGUGGCAUAUUUUUUAGUGGAGUUCAUAGCACUGGUACUAAUGGUGGUGGUGGUGGUGGUGGUGCUAGUGAUAUUUAUAAAUUGCGGCAUAGUAUUGUUGGUGAUGCCAGUACUCAAGCAGCCGUGCAAAUGCUUACAACGGGUGGCCACAGCCACAAUCGCAAUCAGCGCCAUCACUCGGUGGGCGACGACUUACUCUAUGACACUCUAACGCCACAAAUGCGAUCGCCCAUGCAACAGCAGCAACAGCAACAACAGCAACAACAACAACAACAACGUAAUACUGUGCCAACAGUUGUUGUGAUCCCAAAUGCAAAUGGUGAUCAGGAUGUAUCCGAUACGCCUCUAUAGAAAACAAUGGAUAUAGAGUGGAAUCAGAGCAGUAAAAAUCACGAAAUAUGCUACUGUCAUAUUUGACUUAACUAUAUAUACAUCUAUAUUUGUUACAUACAUACAUACAUAUAUGUAUAUUGAAUGUAUGCAUAUAGACCAGUCAGCAGCACCACCAGCACAGCACAUACAUUUUCGGCACACAAAUCCUCCCACGCAUACAUACAUAUACACUCAUAAAUUUGGUUUGCACCCUUAAAGGAACACGCUGUUUUGUUAGUACAGUUAAUGUCUUACAUAUCUUUAAAACGCAAAUAUUUAAAGUCGUAUGUGGUGCUUAUUUUUAAUCUAAAGCGCUCAGUGUAUUCAGUUACUAAAUCGAAUUUACAUAUAUAGAAUUAUGUAUGUGUGUUGUGAGACUUUAUUGUUGACAGUCUGAAGGGAAACUUGUAAGACUGUAGCUGAUAAAUUCAUGGACAUUGUUAUUUUAGUCAGCUGUAGAAACCUAAUAGAAGAUGUUACUCUAGACGAGUAUCUGUUGAUCGAUGCGAUGAAGCAUGCACACGUACAUAGACCAGACAAAACUGUUCGACCAUUCAAUGGAUUAAAUAUUAUUUAGGUGACAUUUCUAUAUAUUUGUAUUUUUUUGGUAAUAAUUCACCAACGUAUAAAGAAAGACGUAGGCCUAAGUUAGUAAUUUUGCAUGAGCUGCGUCUUUUCGGCAACGACAGAAGCAGAUGGCGACGUUAAAGAGUAAUCAGAUAAUCGACUUCAAAAUUUAGCGCUAUCAAUAGGCAGGUACUGCGACUCUUCUGACACAAAGAAAGGUAAUAUAGAAUUCAAUAUAAUUUUCCCCACCAUAAAUCAGAAUGGUAGAGGGUGAUAGGUAAUAAGAUCAACGGAAAUAAGGCCAAUUGACUUUAUUUCCCACCCUGAUGCGCCAGGUUGCCAGAAUUGCCCUGUUAAAGUAUUGUGUGGGGUUUUUUUUAUGUUCUUCGAAGUAAUUUCUUUUUAUAAAGAUCCAAGUUCAAUCAAUGAUAUAUUAUCAACUUUUUCUCGAUAGCCUUUGCGAAAAUUCCUGCGAGUUUCAUAAUUCUCGGUUUGUAGAAUAGCUUGUUCUCUUGUUGGCACAACAGCUUGGAAUGCAGUUGUAGCUGUGCUCGAUGCUCAAAAACGUUAUAUUUCUGCAUGUCAUUGUGGAAUUAAAACUUCUUUCGAAACUGAUAUUGUAAACAGAUAUGUAUGUAGAUACUUCGAAAAAGAACUAUCAGCUCCAAGCUUACAUUGAAGCAUAAAGGGUAAGAUUUUAAAUGGUCUUUUAUUUCCACACAAAAUUUGUUGCAAAGGCCCGAAAUAAAUUUUCUUCUUACAAAAUAAACGAAGGCCUGUUUGGAAAUAUUCAUAUUUUUUAAAACAUCGUUUUAAUCUUUGUUCAGGGAGGAGAGACUGAAACUGACUGAAAAAUUGUUUUGAAAAAUGUCUCCCGCAUUUGUACUGAUAAUCAACUUAAUGAAGAAUAUUAAAAUCACAUUCCAUUAGACCCCUUUUAGACACGUCACAAGUCUUGUUUUCAAGUCCGCUCGGUUCGUAGGCGAGGGAGAUGAGAAGAGAGCGGAAGAGUAUGUACAUUCGUCUCACCUCCUGCGCCUACGAACGAGCGGACUUUAAAUCAAGAAAUGAUGUGUCUGAACGGGGUCUUAGGGCGGACUGACAACUACAUAUGCACAUACAGCUAUGUAAAUAAAUACAUAUGUUUGACACAUUUUUUUUUUUAUCAAUUUAUCGACUGCAUGUUAACGAGAGUCCGAGCUUGCCAAUGAGCAAAUACAAUUUUUGGAAAAACAAUCAAAUGUUUUAUUAAGCUUUAACUGCGUUGAAUGUGCUGCAUAGUCAAUUUGAAGGUGCAUUUUUUCUUUUUAAACACGCUUACAAUUUAUUAUUUUUGUUCUUCUUGCCCCUUUUGCAAUAUUUCGAUUGGCGCUCAAACUAUUUCAGUAUUUUAUUCUUAUUUUCUAUGGAUUUAUGGCUACACGAUCACUCGAAACACAAUAGGCUGAUACGCUGAUAAAGAUUUAGAUAAGAGACUAAAUUAUUAUGUUACACACAACUAUUUGUUACUAAUAUUACAUACAUAUGUAUGUGCAUAGAACUGUAUAAGUACUUCCAUUUCGAAACAAAAAAAAAAAAACAUCCACAUGCCGUAUUUGUAGUUCAGCGAUUGUUGAGUCUGGAAUUAGUAAACAAGAUUAAUAUCGCAAAAGUGCAUAAUGCAUGUUUAAUUAUUUAAGAAAAAAAAAUAAUAGAAAUAAAACUGAUGCCUAGCAAACAUACAAAUGCAAUAAUAAAUAAUGCUAAAAAUGUAGAAAUACUAACUAUUGGUAGAGUCAUACAUACGAAAAAGGCUAUAACUAACUUUAGCGCAAUGGAAAAAACAACAAAAAAAAAAUAUAUAAUUUUGAUUACGAUAACAAAUACUACAAUGUAUGUAAAGCAUUUUCUUGCUUUGUUGGUGAACGAGUAUUAAUAUAGUAAACAAAGAACCGAAAAAUUUAACACAAAUUAAAUAAAAAAAAGUGUGAUAGAUAAUAUACUAGAAAUUUUAAAAGGAUUACCAAAAAAAAAAACACAAAUUUUUAGAACGAUAAAAGUAAUAAUGUGCUAUAGAAUUAGAAACAUAAAAUAAAAAUGGUAUAAAUCAUGCAGUGUUAGUUUCAUUAUUUGGCAAUUUACUGAAAAAAUACCCCGCUGAUCCGAUUACUGCAAUUCAUUAGCAUAAAUAUUAGUUUAUUUACCUGCUUUGCUCGAAUUUGGUUAAGUGAAGUCAAGUCAUUUGUCGUCAUUUGUUUUUGGUGUUGGUAUUGGUGUUGGGCAUUUGGCUGAGUUUCGUCGCAUCCGCUGCAUUCGCUUUAGGCGCUGCUUAUUUUUGGAGCAGAUAGAUAUGUCACAAAUUCUCUUUAUUAUACUCUAUGUCGUCGCUAGACACGAAUAAAGGCGCACCAUUGUUUUGACGGCGAAAAAGGACGCAUUGAC